GUUUUUUUUUCAGACCCUAGUGCAAACAAUAACAAGACACUGCUAUGAAGUUGUCGUUUUCUGAAGUUCAAAUUCUGGUAAUCUGCAUUGUGUGCGGAUCUGCAAAGUGCUGCGGAGAGGACAGAGGACACAAAUACUGCAGGUCUUCAGGUCCUAUACCGCAACUUACAUGUAAAGGAGUGCAGAGUCCACAUUGCCCUUUGUGGAGUUUAAAAUGCGCCUGCGUUGCAGGAAAAUAUCUACGAAGUGACAGCAAAUGUGUAAACCUGCAAGAUUGCGACAAAUCUGAAGAAGCUGUCAGGAAGAAACAGCAAAAAGACAAAGAAAAGCGUGAACAACAAGCUACAGACCUUUAUCAGAAAGCCUUGCAGUUCGUUCAACGCACUGAAGAGAUUGAACUAGUUCGGAUUGAUUUGGCGGCUUGGAUAGAAUCUGACUGCGUUUGCGUCAAGUCAACAUUUCUUGCGAAUUUUCUGGAUAUAGCUGAGCGAACGCUGGACUGUUAUUUGUACGCCGAUGCUUUCAUAGUCAAGAAUUCCGUCAUGCAAGAGACUGGCAAGAAAGCAUUGGUAAAAAAAACAUACUACGUGGAUUUCGAAGUUAAGAGAACAAAAGACGACAUAUCGAUCACUGUCGCGCCUACCCCAGCAGCACAGCAAGAAGGUAGCGUUGAGUUACAAGGCACUUACACUUUGCUGGGCGCAGAUGCAGACUGCAUUGUUGUGUCGUUUGGAGAUGGAGACAACGGAAAGCAUAGAUGCCUCAUGUGGGGAUUGGCAGGCGACGACAAUAAGAAAGAAACUUUGUGCUUCAGGGCCUUAAGCAGGUUAUGUACUACAGUUAUGCAAGACGUGGUGGAAAUAAAUGCGCCCUGCAUUGAGUAUGAUGAGAAACACAAACGGCUCGAUGAAAAGGCCAAAGCGGAAGAGCAUGCGCAAUUGUCGAGUGAAGAUUAAAUAUAUUAUUUUUAUUAUUGG